UAGUUUCCCCUCACCGGCUCACUCCAGUCAGAGCGUGGUGUUGCAUUUCCCCCUUAGUUGCCGCUGCUCCAAUUCUUAAACCCCUGAUAGGCAAAAUCCUUACGCUCGUCGACCUAUUAAAGGCUAAAAUACGUUGUGGGCGUAACGGCUUCUUGUAAUGGCGACCGUGCCGUAGAUGUGCCUAGGUUUGUGAAAAUGAAGCGAAGAAGAAGUUAUUUCUUUUAAGUAAAACGCCGAGGUUCCCCGGAGGAGGGCUUUGCGUCUUUAAUCAUAAUAUUUAGAAGUGGUAAACUUAGCUGUAAUUUUGAACUUUUACGCCUCCGAAAUGAUGAAGCUGAAGUCAAACCAAACCCGGACGUAUGACGGGGAUGGCUACAAGAAGCGGGCCGCCUGUCUGUGCUUCAGGAGCGAGACGGAAGAGGAGGUGCUGUUAGUAAGCAGUAGUCGACAUCCUGACAAGUGGAUAGUUCCUGGAGGGGGAAUGGAGCCUGAAGAGGAGCCCAAUGUUGCUGCAGCUCGAGAAGUGUGUGAAGAGGCUGGUGUGAAGGGGACUUUAGGUCGCUUAGUUGGAAUAUUUGAGAACCAGGAGAGGAAACACAGAACCUAUGUGUACGUUCUUAUUGUAACAGAGGUGCUGGAGGACUGGGAGGACUCGGUCAACAUUGGGAGAAAAAGGGAAUGGUUUAAAAUAGACGAUGCCAUACAAGUGUUGCAGUGUCACAAGCCUGUGCAGGCCACCUACUUCGAGGCUCUCCAGGAGAGUUGCCUGACCAGUAACGGAACACCAUUGGUGACCACGAUAGGCGGGGACCUCUCUCCUACCUACAGCAUCAAUCAGAGCUCCGUCUCGGGUAUCAGAUAACUAAAACCAUAACUCUGACACCCCCCAGGAGCUUUCGCCACCACUUGCGCUCUUACUUGUGUCACUUCUCUUAUUCUUCUCUCUUUUCUUUUUUCUUUUUUUCUCUUUUGUCUCAAUGACAUGGUUUGCCUUGCCAACUCCUUUGUGCCAGACCUGUGGCACAGACUUGAUGACAAGUGUUGGGUGAAUAGUCUGAAACACUUUGUAAAUGUAAAUGUAAUUUUUGACCCCUAUAUAUAAUUUUUUUUUUCCUUUUUACUGACAAUGCAUGAAGUUUCUCCUCAGUCCCUGUCCUUUAUGCACCCUUAGCGUGGUGUUUAUUGAAUGCAAGAACUACUUUUUACUGUUGUAAUGUAAAAGUGUAUACUUAGUGCUUACGCUGAAGGCUUUUGGUGGUCUUUUUAAUGUCUCCUCCAUUAUUUUGGUCAUUUUCUGUGAAUGAAUGUGCCCAUUAGUGUAUCUCUCCCCUGCUGUAAGGAUAGGAAAUACUGUGUGUAUCCGAACGACGGAAUAGUUGGAAGUGUCUUGCAUGAGCACUGUUAUGUUGUGUCUCACUCAGCUUGAGUGACCUGAUGCUGACUGUGCAACAGGAUUGUGGUAAGGUCUUUGGCUUUUCUUAAUUUUCUCCUUACUGUAGUUGGUGUCUUUUUUUAAUCACAGUGAUAAUAGUUUUUCAAUAUCAGCAGACUUUCAAGUGUCAGCUGUGUUUCUCUCUUAUUUGGGAAGCUAGCCAAGCACUACAGGUUUCACUCUCAAACAGAGAACAACUCUCUAGAAAGAGAAAGAAUGUCAACAUACAAUAUAAAAUGAACCACCUUGCUCCUCUGUGUCUUUACCCCCUCUUAAUCCCUUUUUGUUUUUUUAAAUGCUUUCUUGUGACUACAAAGUCUUCCUCCACAUACUGAGAGUGUAAAAAUAGUACAUGAUACGAAUCAAGGACUUUCAAAAUGCAGCACUUAUCACUUAAGUUAUUAAAACCCAUGUCUGUAUUUUACUCCUCACAUUCAGUUUGGUUAAAAUCAAUUGUUUACAUUGUGUUUGGAACAGAGCACAGGUGACUUUAGUGGGCACUUUUCAUUGCAGUCACAGUUUUUGUUUUGUUUUAACCCAGCUAUUAUUUAAUCUGCAUCCCAAAAACACUCAGAACACCUGCUUGACAUUGAAAGUAAUGGAUCUAUAAUGCUGUCUUUGGCAAGAUGCAGAACAAACAAGCCUUGUACAGUUUGAGACCUUGUUUUAAAUGUAACAUGCUUUUGGAUACUGUUUUUUUUUCCCUCUUAUGUCUGGCAAAAGUCUCUUUAGCUGAGCUGCAUCACUUGGCCUCGAUGCAUCGUGGGGCAGCUGGCUCAAUACUGUGAAACUGGAGGCGCUGUAGAUAGCAUGUCAGAGGUUUUUAUUGUAAAUUGUUUAUUUCUGUAUAGAUCAAAGUUGAGAGUACAAAUGACAAAACACCUCUUAAACAUGUGAGUGCUACGUGUCAUUACAACUGAGGCUGGAAAACUGAUUUAACUUCUUUUGUUGGCUUUGGAACGGUUGGAAAUUUUCUCAAAAUAGCAUACAGUAAGAACAAGGAAUGUGGUUGUGGAUGAGAGCAGAGUCCUUUUUAUAUAGAAAAUAUCUCCUUUUUUUUUCUUUAGGCCAAAACAAACUUGUAGCAGUAAAGGAUUCCUCAUGGACAACUGUAGUCUGUUUCCAAACCACUACUUUUCAGCCUCUAAUUAUUUAUCUUCCUGUUGAGGGUUUUACUCAUUGGUCCUUUCCAAAGACCUGUAAAUAAAAGCUGUGGUUUUCUGUCCAUAUUAUCGUUUAAUUAUUUCUCUAUUUACAACAUCAUAGAGUUACAGCUGCAAAACUGCCAUUUGUAAAGUCAAAUCUGGUAACUAAAUAACACUUGUUUGGGCCUGUGUGUCUCCCAAAUUCAUUUUAAUGCAUUAUUUGACCUUUUUAGCUCUGUUUUGUUUUCCAUCAACUCCUUUGGGAAACGUUGCUGCUUGAUUUGUUUGCUUGCCUUUGUGCUCAGUAAAUGGAAACCGGUACAAAUAACCAGGAAUAUAAAGCCAAGAGGAACUAUUGUCUAGUGAUGGAUCCCUUUGGGCUUAUCUCAAACAAACCCCUUCUGUAUGUUAAUUCUGGUCACUUUCAAUUUAAAACUACUGUUUCUUUUUUGUUUUGUUUUUUUUUGUCAAAUAGUAAACUUGGAGCACCUAGAAUGAUUUUAUUCCCAAGGUUUAGAAAUUCCCAUAUAAUUCAUUUGAAGUGCCUAAUGAGUUUAAUUUAGAGUCUCCAUAGAAAACACGUUUGGGAUCUUUAGACACAUAAAGAGUUUUUAUCUUUGUUUAAAAAAAAAAAGUUUAUUUUCAGUUAAACACCGGAGCACAUUUAACUGAAUAUGUACAGAAAACUUCAUGAUGAGGAUGAGAAACCCCUCACAGGAAAUGACGAUAAGAACUGAAAGCAGGUAGAACAAAGUGUGUCUAGGAAACGACCUUGGCGGCUUCGUUUUUUUCCUUCUUCUCUCUUUCUUUCUUUUCAGUCAGUAGAGAAGACUUGCAUCCCUUCUCCGAUCAUUUAUGCAGGACAUCACUGUCUCAGCAGAUACAGCUUCACCUGGACUGCUAGAGUUGGCCAGUGACGAUUCAGAUGUUUUCUCAAUACCAGUAUGGUUAAAGGGGGUUAAAAGUCUCUUCCUUCAUGGGACUUUGAACUGAUAUUACUGCUGUGAUUUGAAAGGUGUGGUGGCCAAAGUCUUGCUUUAUGAUGCCCAGCCUGGCACCACAGUUUGAUUACAUUUUAGUCUCCAUGUAAAUGUGCAAUUAGUUAUAGGAUGAACCUGUAUAUGGCAAAAAAAAAAAAAAAAUCUUAACCCAGAGUAAUUGGUGAGUAUCUGUCAGGUUUGUAGUGGGUGACGGGUACUGUCAAAAUGAAUGUGAGGAGGAUUUCCACAAGUCAGUGAUUUAGUUAGCAAUGACCACAUGUUCUUCAACCAUACUUCUUCUUUGUUCUUUAAUCAGUUGUGUUAUUGACAAGCUAAUGUCUUGUAUAUAUCUAACACAGCACCCUUAUUGCCAGAGGAAGCACUUUGGUUAAUAAGGUUUACUGUAUGUCUUUUUUUUUUAAAAAAACCUGUCUUACUAAAAGUCAGGCGGUUCCUGUUAUAAAUGGCAAUUAUGGCUUGAAGUGCUUGAGGGAACUGAAGAAAAUUUUCCCAAAUGAGAUUCACAUUGGGCUUUAUGUGGCAUAAAGAUGGCACAAACUGAUACCCUUGUACCCCUUCUGCUGGAUAUUUCUAUCAAAGUCGUCUCUUUAGUAUGACACAAGCCUCCUUCAUUGCAGCAAAACUGAGGGCGUUCUUUAACCAGCUAGAGCUUCAGAUAAAAAUCACUUGAUGUACCAAAGUUGAUGGCCUAAUCAUGUUCGCCAUGCGAGUUAACCGGCCCCAUCUUGUGGCCAAAAUAUUAGAAUUAAAAGUACAUCACUUUCAGCUGAAGAUUGUAAUAUUUGGUUUCUUUCAUUAGCUGAUUUACUGAGAAAAUGAAACUUAUUAAAACAACCCCAAUUAAUUUACAAACACGUGUGCACUUCUAGCUGUUGACCUCAGCCUUGAAGUUGCAUCCUUGUUUUAAAUGUGUUCUCCAAGGUUUAUGUGUCACUGGAAUAUUGUUUUCCUCUGUCGUCAUUUGGGACUGUGGAAUAAAACCAGUGCAAGAAGACUGAAGAUUGUAAUAUAAAUGUGCCAACAAAUAAACACCAGUAUUUCACA